AUGCCACCCAGACAAAUAGGCCCCAUAGCCCAAGCCUGGUACAAAUGGAAGGCCCUCCGUCUCCCCUGGCGCAAGCGCUUCUUCAUCGGCUAUGACCUCCAAGGCAACACAUACUGGGAAUUCCAGCUCACCAAACCAUCCGCCACCACAUCCCCCUCCGACUCCCGCUGGCGCCGCAUCGUGCACUACCCCCGAUCGACGCACUACUCGCAGGUCAAAGUCUCGCCGCUCUGGCACCAAUGGCUGCGGCACAUGCGGCGCGACCCGCCGACCCUGGAGGAGCAGACGGGCGAUGUGGUCCGGCAGCAGAGGAUGAAGUAUCUUGCCGCCGAGGCGGACGCGCGGUGGGAGGCGAAGCCGCGGGUCAUGGAGGAUGGGAACGCGCCGCGGGAGGGGAUAGCUCCGCCUGAGGAGGCUGGGGCGAAGACGCAGGAUGGUGAGAAGGAUCCGUGGGCGAAGGCGAGGUCGAGGGGUCCGAGUGAGGAUUGGCAACCGACGGCUUGGAAUCCGGGUGUUGGGAAGAAGAGGUAG